CUCUUUUUGGAGAGUUCGUACUUUUCGCUUCCUGUCACGAUAGGCAGCACUGAAAGUCAUCGUAGAUGCUAUUACAGUUUCUCUGAGACAAUAAUAUUACAACCUUGCUUUAUUUUGGAUUUUGAUUUAGGGAAGGUAACGUCAUUGCAGAACCCUGUUUGCAGGGUUCUGAUUUAAGACUGAAAUAAAAACUAGCUGAUGAAACUUGAAAAUAAUACUGGGUUUUUCACUGCAGCUAAGAGAUGUAUUCCAUACUGGUAACUGCAUUUUUAAAAAACUUCUAACAUAGUCUUGCCACAUACGAUGUGAAACCUGUUUUGUUUCCUACAUGUAAAAGGAUACAUGUUUGCUUCCAGUACAGAAGAGCAUGUUCCCAAAUUCCUCCAACUUGGGUCGUCCACCCUUCCCUCCAAAACAUCAACAGCACAGUACCUUCUUCAAUAAGCUUCCUCUAAACAUACCACCUGCUCUUCUCUCUCACCAGCAAAUUAUUGAUGCUCAGUUUAACUUUCAGAAUGCAGCUCUUUCUAGGGCUCUGUUGAGUGGGAACCUUGCAACUCUUCCAGCUGUUACACCUCAGCCAUUGACUUACGGAAAUGUCAGUCCAGUACAUACAUCUACUGCCCCCACGUCAUUCCGAGGAAGAAAGAGACUAAGCGAACAAAACGUUCCAUAUGAUGUCAAACGGCAGCGGUUUCAUUCACCUCAUCGCGAAACAACUGUAGUUAACCAAACAGUGCCUUUACCGGAAGAACGUAGAUACUCCUUCCCAGGAUCCAUUCCAUCUCAACUGUUUCAUGCACAUUACCUACCAGAUUUAACUGGAUGUGUCCCUCCAUUGCGAGACGCUUCGUUUUCAGACCCUAUAGAGACCACGCUCCCUGUGGCCAAAGAUAAGUUAAGUCAGCAGGUUUUGGAGUUGUUUCAAGCAUGUCAGCAGCAGACCUGUGAUUUGAACAGAAAAGAACUCUGCAGAACAGAACUCCAGAGGGAAAUUCAGCGAAUUUUUCCACAGAGCAGACUCUUUUUGGUUGGAUCCUCACUGAAUGGCUUUGGCACGCGUAGCAGUGAUGGUGACUUGUGCCUCGUGGUUAAAGAAGAACCAGUAAAUCAGAAGACUGAAGCAAGGCAUAUACUCAGCUUAGUCCAAAAACUCUUCAGUACUAAACUUUCAAGCUACAUUGAGCGACCUCAGCUGAUUCGAGCAAAAGUGCCAAUAGUGAAGUUCAGGGAUAAAGUCAGCUGUGUGGAGUUUGACUUGAACGUAAACAAUGUUGUAGGAAUAAGAAAUACAUUCCUUCUGAGAACCUAUGCAUACACCCUUCUAUGUUGGUGCAUCAGGUGCUGUAGAAGAGAUCAAAGAUUAUAUGACAAAGUGAAGCAGAAGGUCCACAGAAGGAGAAAAUUUGAGAAUCGAGUUCGUCCGUUAGUACUGGUUGUUAAGAAGUGGGCGAGUUUUCAUGACAUAAAUGAUGCCAGUCGUGGUACUCUAAGCAGCUAUAGUCUUGUGUUGAUGGUUUUGCACUAUUUACAGACCCUACCUGAACCCAUCCUUCCAUCCCUCCAAAAAAAUUACCCAGACUCUUUUGAUCCUACUAUGCAGUUGCACCUUGUUCAUCAAGCCCCGUGUACCAUUCCUCCUUACCUCUCAAAAAAUGGAUCAAGUCUUGGAGAUUUGCUAAUAGGCUUCUUCAAAUAUUAUGCCACAGAAUUUGAUUGGAGCCAUCAAAUGAUUUCAGUUCGUGAGGCCAAAGCUAUUCCAAGACCUGAUGGUAUUGAAUGGAGAAACAAAUUUAUUUGUGUAGAAGAGCCUUUUGAUGGGACAAACACAGCUAGAGCUGUACAUGAAAAACAGAAGUUUGACAUUAUCAAAGAUGAAUUUAUGAAGUCUUGGCAGAUAUUACGAGACAAGAAAGACUUGAACUGUGUAUUACCUUUAAGAACAACCAUACAGAAAAGAUAACCAACUUCUUUCCUCUUU